UAGACCCCUGGUGGCAAGUCGAUUUGCAAGGCAAGGUCAUGGUGACGAAGGUCAAGGUCACAAAUAGAAAGGACUGCUGUCCUGGGAGAUUUCGCGAUUUCUCCAUUGAUGUGUACGAGAUGGACCCCUCCAUACAUCCCACGGCAGUUUCCCAAAGGUGCCAUUACUAUCCAGGAAGCGUCACUACUCCUGGUGUGACCCUUCCCCUUCCCUGCGACAACGCCGUCACUGGACGAUUCCUACGUGUCUCUGGCGAGAUAUCGAAACACCAUAACGACCCAUUUCAGCUGUGCGAGGUCGAGGUGUUUGGCGUGCAAAUAUCGAGACUUACGACAUGUGCAUCAUUUGUCCAAUAUGACGGCAAACGUUUUAACAAGCCACCGAGCAGAACCAUGAACAUCGGCGGCAAUGGCAGAGCGGCAUGUGCUUCCGAGUGUGAACGCGAUAUGGCAUGCGCAGGAUUCAACAUCCGGUAUGAGUCGGAAGUCACGUGUGAGCUUAUUAAUGGAGCGGCCGUUUCGGCCCAGGUAUCAGAUGCUUCGUGGGAUUGUUACUUGUAUGAACCAUGUCCAAUCACGUGCGGGAUGUAAUAGUAUAUGUGUGUUUUGAUGGCGUU